UCUCAUGGAUUAGAGGUCCGGCAAUUCAUGGGGCAACUUCUGACAAAUUGAAGGAAGAAAGAACAAGAGAUGACAUUUCCUGUGUUUCUCCCUGGCUUUCGGUAAAGUUAGAUGAUGCAGGUAAUAACCAUUUGAGGUAAAUUUGUGGAUUGUUAUAUAAAUUGCUGGACAAUUAUAGGUUUUGCCUUUGAGAGUGGGACAAGGAUGAGCUGCAUUCAAGCUAGCUUGUGUUGGCCCAAUGUGAGGGUUGAAAGAAGGAUCCCUCCCCCAUCUCAUUAUGCUUCAUUACAUGGUGCUUUUUCUUGUGGUUCUUCAACUCUAAAUUUCCAACACCACAAACCAUUAAGAGUGCUCCACAGUGUUCCCCUGUAUCGUAGAGGUUCUCCAGUAUGUGUUUUUGGUGGGAAAGGAGACACAGAAGGUGAUAAGGAGGCUUUCUCUUGGGAUUCACUCAAGAAAGCAAUGGAAGGUUUCAACAAGGAGCCAUCCGUGCAGGAUUUACUGAGGGAGCAAAUGCAAAAACAAGAAUUUGGAGGAGGUGGUGAUGGCGGGGAUAUUCCCCGAGGGGAUGGUGAUGGUGAUGGUGAUGGUGAUGGUGAUUCAGAAGAUGAAGGUUUUGCUGGAAUUUGGGAUGAAGUAGUGCAAGUAUUUUUAGCAACCAUGGCUUUCAUAUUUGUGUAUAUAUACAUGAUCAGAGGUGCAGAGUUGAUUAGGCUGGGGAGAGAUUACAUCAAAUAUGUGUUAGGUGGGAAGGCCAGUUACCGGUUGGAGCGGGCGAUGAGACAAUGGCAGAAGUUAUACAAAAGCAUGGUGAGGACGGAGGUGGUGACGGAGGACUGGUUGGAGCGCGCCAUUGUCACGACGCCAACCUGGUAUUACAAGCCUGAGGAGCUGUAUCGCAGGAUGUCCUCUGAAGAUUAACAUAUAUUAAGGUAGUGUUUUAAGGUGAGACUAGCUUUGUUAAUUUUUCCUGCUUAUUACCUUGCAUAAAUGAAUGUGCUGUGCCAGGAUUUUCGUCUUAUGAUCCGUGCUCUUUCUGAUAACA